CCAUUACAGGACGAACGCGAUUUACUCUCCUCUUCGUUCUCGUCGUUUUCUCGCUUAAACCUCCAUUUUCUUCUCCUCCUCCUUCCGCCGUCAACCACCGCCGCCGCCGCCGCCGCCGCCGUCUUCGCCCUCCGCGGAAAGUAGAGGGAACGGCGGGGUAGAGAGAAUUUUCCGGAAAGGGGGCGAUCGAAUUCGCUUGCGGAAAGCGAUUGCGCUUUGAUUGGGCGGAUCUGCGGUCUUUUAGAUCUCCGUCGCUGUCGUCAGGCGCGGUUUGGCCGCAAACCUAAACUCUGCUUUGACAGAUUGCACCCCCACUUUUCAGAGUGUUUGAUCCGAUAACUAGAAGUAAAACAAGAAGAAUGAGGAUAGUUGGUCUGACUGGUGGAAUUGCAUCAGGGAAGAGUACAGUCUCCAACCAUUUCAAGGCCCAUGGUGUCCCUGUUGUUGAUGCCGACAUUGUUGCUCGUGAUGUAUUAAAGAAAGGGACUGGUGGAUGGAAGAAAGUUGUUGCUGCAUUUGGGGAGGAGAUUCUACAAGGUGAUGGAGAAGUUGAUAGGCCAAAGUUGGGCCGAAUUGUUUUUUCUGAUCCUGCAAAGCGUCAAUUGUUGAAUAGGUUGCUGGCUCCUUACAUAUCAUCAGGCAUCUUCCAAGAAAUUUUGAAACUUUGGUUGAAAGGACAUAAGGUUAUUGUUCUUGACAUCCCUUUAUUGUUUGAGGCAAAGAUGGAUAAGUGGACAAAGCCUAUUGUUGUUGUCUGGGUCGAUCCAGAAUCUCAGCUUCAACGGCUUAUGGCAAGAGACAGAACAAAUGAGGAAGAUGCUAGGAACAGGAUAAAUGCUCAGAUGCCGUUGGAUUUGAAAAGGUCUAAGGCAGACAUAGUAAUUGACAACACUGGAUCAUUAGAGGACUUAAACGAGCAGUUCCAGAAGGUACUGUUCCAAGUCACGAGGCCCUUGACAUGGACAGAAUUUGCACUUUCUAGACAAGGAGCUUUGUUGGCUCUUUUCUCGAUCACCAUUGGUGUUCUGGCAUUCAGAAAAGCAUCCUUGUAAAGGAUGCACAUGUUAUCUGUGAGUACAUCAGCAUACACACAUUGAUAUGCAGAUAUAUUGGACUCGUAUGUGAUAGUUCUUGUGACUUGCUUAUUAUUGUCAAGUGAGUUUCUCUGUCAGGAAAUAAUCACAGAAAUAGCUCAUAAAUCUAAAUACUCUUUCCUCUGAUCAAUCUACUCAAGUUUACAUCUCCGUAUUGUUCACAAGUUUCACUUGUUGCCAGAUCCUGUUAUUGAAGUCAUAGAUUUGUGUCGACCCCUUGAGUGAGCAUACCAUUGCUUGAUUUGUGUUCCGUCGGAGGUACUGAUUAAGUCACCAUGAAUGUUGCUGUUCCAAAUUCUCUCAGAUUGAUGGCUAUAUCUACUGGGCGUUUCAUGAAACCAGAAUUUUGGCUAAGAACUUGAUCAGCUCCUGGAAAUAAACUAAUUGACGGCUUUAGAAGCAAUAUGGUCUGUUUGAAGUAGUAGGUGUUUUGGGGUAUAUGUACAUUGGUGAUUGCUUUCUUGAGUCUUUGUUGAUUGUCAAAGAGAUGUAUAUGCAUUCAUUGUUUAUUUGUAGGUUUUUCUUGACUGAUGAAGUAUUUAUUAGGAAUGGUUCAUCACCACAAUUAGAAUCAAGUCCCCAUCAGUGAGUAUGUGGAAUGCACUGAAAUCCCUAUAUCUUUCUUUUAGUCAAGAUGAUUGAUGUCCAUCUCUAUUCAGUGAAAAAGUAAAAUUAACCCAUUAUUUUAGUAUUGAAAGUUUGCUUAAGAUAAGUUCAA